UCUUUCAUGUCUGUAGGGUCACAGCUCCAGCUUUUAAAAACAGGAAAACCGUGGAGGAGCUUUUGCAGCAGAAAGGGUUAAAUGAAAUCCAACUCUCCUUUUCCUGUGCUGUAAAGGAUUAGUAACCAAACAGAAGCUCAAGGCAAGAUAGAGUGUCAGAGCCACUGACAGAACUCCAAGUCCGGGAAGCUCUGGGUUCUUGGUCCUCUCACGCUCCAGGAGUGGCAUCGCUGCCUUUUGCCCUCAAUCGACAAGCAGAUCCCAGCAUCAGGAUAGAAUGGCAUUUUUAAUCCUACUGCUCAUGCUGGCACUGACGUCACCUUCUACACUGGCGGCUCGAAAAGCAAAGAGGCAAAAUGACUUCUGGGGAAGUUGGGGAGAAUGGGGUGAAUGCAGCCGGAGCUGCGGUGGGGGCAUCAGUCUUCGGCAACGGCACUGCUACUCACGGAGGACAGAUGGUGGCUCCAGUUGCAUAGGAUCAACCCAAAGUUAUCGCUCAUGCAAUAUUCAGGACUGCCCUGAGGGCUCCAGAGAUUUUCGAGCAGAACAAUGUGCUGAGUUUGAUGGGACAGAAUUUCAGGGGAAAAAAUACAAGUGGCUCCCUUACUAUGGAGCUCCCAAUAAAUGUGAACUGAACUGCAUCCCAAAAGGAGAAAAUUUCUACUAUCGGCAGAAAGAAGCAGUCACUGAUGGAACGCCCUGUGAGCCCGGGAGGCAUGGUGUUUGCGUGGAGGGGACCUGCCGCGCUGUUGGCUGUGAUAAAAUGCUGGAUUCUUCCAAAAAGGAAGACAAGUGCCUGCAGUGCGGUGGGGAUGGAAGAGCUUGUUUUGAAGUCAAGGGGCUCUUUGAUGUGCCCAACCUCCCUAAAGGCUACAAUCAAAUCUUUGUCAUUCCAAUGGGAGCCACAAGUAUCCGGAUCAAAGAAGCAACACCCACCAGGAACUUCCUGGCAAUCAAGAAUGUACAAGGAACAUACUAUCUGAAUGGUCACUGGACAAUUGACUUUAGCCGGGCCUUGCCUAUUGCUAGCACAGUGGUGCAUUAUGACAGAGGUUCAGAGGGGGACCUGGCUUCAGAGCUUCUACAUGCCCGGGGUCCCAUCACUGAGCCUUUGAUUAUUGAGCUUAUCAGCCAGGAACCAAACCAAGGGAUACAUUAUGAAUACUAUUUGCCAUCCCAAAAGCAAACAUCAGGCUACAGCUGGGGCUACGGCUCCUGGAGUGACUGUAGUGCUGAAUGUGGUGGAGGUUAUCAGUCUCGUCUCGUCUUUUGCACCAUUGAUAAUGAAGCAUAUCCAGAUUAUAUGUGCAGGGACAAACCAUGGCCAGGCAAUAACCAAACCUGUGGCCUCCAGCCCUGCCCACAAACAAAACGGGUAUCUUACCUCUAUCUGCCGGGAGCAUGGAGCCGCAACAGAGCAUGGAACUUGCAGACAAAGAGCUGGAAAACUGGGGACUGGGGAGAUUGCUCUGCCACCUGCGGAGGGGGCAUUCAAAGCCGUUCAGUUUAUUGUGCCUCCUACAAUGGACAUCAUUUUCAGGAUGCUGUGGAUGAUAUCGAAUGCGCAUCCUUAACAGAGAAGCCACGCAGCACACAGCCUUGCAGCCAGCGGCGCUGUGCAACAUGGGUCACGGGUCCUUGGUCUGAGUGUUCAGUAAGCUGUGGUGAAGGUAUUCAAACCCGGACUGUAAGCUGCCAGGUCGAGCAGGGCUCAAAGAUUCUAGAUGUUGCUUGCAUGAAAGAACCAAAACCUCGGCACACCCAGCCCUGUAUUGGGCAGAAUUGUAUACAGGAGAUUGGUUGGCACAUUGGAGACUGGGGAUUGUGCUCAAAAAGCUGCGGUUCUGGCAUCCGAACCCGCCAAGUCAUCUGUGCUGAUGGUAAUUCCAAAUUCUACAACCAUGAGAUGUGCCAAGACAUCCAGCCACAGAUACCAACCAUGCUUGGGAGCUGCAACACGCAGCCUUGUCAUCUGCCCCAGGAGGUUCCCAGUAUGCAAGACAUCACAGGGUACAAUAUCAGUCGCCGGACAUUACUGACUCGCUACCGCCCUGACCAAGGCACUGAAGUUUCUACACGAGAAAGAAUAAUCCAGGCUGGCUCUGCUCAUCGCCGGUUCCAGCCAAAUGAGAGUCAUAGUUCCAAUUUCUUACCUCUUCGUUGGGAAUCCUACUCAGACUCCUCCGUGUCCCGUCACUCGAAUUCUUAUCAAAAUGGUGGUCGUGAUGUUCAAGACUGCAGCCAUACUCCUCAUGGCUGCUGUUCAGAUGGUCACACUGCUGCAGCAGGUCCCUUUGGCCAAGGUUGCCCACUUGAUUCUUGUCAUCUGAGCAGGUAUGGGUGCUGCCCUGAUGGAAUAUCACUUUCCCAUGGACCUAACCAAGAAGGGUGCACGCAACAUCACAGUGACGUUUACAUGAACAGAAAUCCUGUUGCUCCCACUCCAACAGCAAGCCAAGUUCUGGCCCAGCAGGUGCCAACAGAGGAAUGCCGAGGCUCUAUGUAUGGUUGUUGCUAUGACAAUAUUGCCUCUGCUUUAGGGCCACAAGGGGAAGGAUGUCCCACAAGACUCAGCCAAUUUUAUCCUGUCCAAUGCCUGUUACCCAGUGCCCAUGGUCCCUGCACAGAUUGGACAACCCGCUGGUAUUUUGUAAGCAGUGUUGGAAAAUGUAAUCGCUUUUGGUACGGAAGCUGUCAUGGGAAUAAGAACAACUUUGCUUCUGAAGAAGAAUGCAUGAAAACAUGCCAUGGAUCAAUGGGAAGAAGCCAUGUGAGUCUUCAUCACCAUGUUGCAAUUCCUAACGUCCACUCUAGUUCUCAGCUGCAAGAAGGGAACAUAGAGGAAAAGCCACAACAAUUUGGAAGAACCAUCAGUCAUAGAACAGGAAAUGGAGGUUAUGAUGGUAGGAUUUUUCCCAGUCAAGAUGCCUUACCUGAGUCUGAGCAAGGAACUAGCAUGCUAGAGAACCACCCAGAAAGUUCUCAUCGCUCAAGAACUCUUGAGGAAAAAAGAAGAGACCCAGUAGAUCAUUUGCAUGGUUUGAGUGAGACUGUCAUUUCUGAACACUCUGAGAAGCAGCUGACUGUGAAUGGUCAGACCAUUCAACAUGAGCGUGAAGAGUGGAGGAGGGAAUCUGGAGCAGAUGGAUUAACAGGGAAAAGAUUUGAGUAUCAAACCCCGCCAGAUUCUACUUUUCAAUAUUCUCUGAACAGGAUCCUCUUGGAUGGAUCAGAAUCUUCUGCAGUGGAGGCAGGCUUAGGACAAAGUAUUCGUCUUCUCUGUAAGACAAGCAAUUCCCACUUCUCUAGAGUUGAAUGGCAGAAAGAUGGACAGCCGGUCUCAUCUGAUAGACAUACCUACCAGUCUGACAACUCCUUGGUGAUUAGCCAUCUCAAGACUGAGGAUGCUGGGAUCUACAUGUGCAUUAUUUCAAAUGGGAGGAUGGAACACAGACAGAUUGAGUUGCGGAUCAAAGAAAUUCCUCAAUCUACCCUCACCCACGGAAGAAGGCAUCAACUUACUCAUGAUCAAAAUCACCAGCACAGAGUGUUUGGCACAAGAGCUAAUGACAGGUGGUCACGUGUUUCUUCUCUGCAUCCUCAAAUAACAUACAGAUUAAAAAUGUAUACGAAUGAGCCUUCCAUAGUUGAUGCCAGUGUUGGUGAGCAAGUCCGACUGCCUUGCCGUGUAGAGGCUUCACCCUCUUUAACCAUUGAAUGGCAGAAGGAUGGCCGUCCUAUUUCAUCCCCCAGGCAUAGGCAACAACCUGAUGGUGCCUUGCUGAUCAGUCGUCUGACAGCUGAAGAUGCCGGCUUCUUUACAUGCGUUGCUUCCAAUGGUCGGGACCAAGAUCAGAGAAAAGUUCAGAUUAGACCUAGAGGAGACUUAAGAAUUGACCUGCUGCCCAGACUUUCUGUGUCUGAAGGGGACAAUGCUCAUCUUCAUUGUGUUGUGACAGGCAACAAUGUAAACAUAAGAUGGUCAAGGAAUGGGGUUCCAAUAAGAUCAGAUGGUCAUCGUGUCCAUGUUUCUCAAGAUGGAAGCUUGUUUCUAAACAAGGUUCAGAUUGGUGAUGAGGGCUCCUAUACUUGCAAUGCCUACAGUGGCAGUCAUUCUGUCAGUGCCAGUACAGAUGUGAAAGUUAUCAAAAGGCGUCCAGAAGUGCCAUCAUCUCUCCCUGUGGAAACAAGCAGGGAAUGUGUUGAUCAGCCACACCUUGCUAACUGUGAUCUGAUUCUACAGGCUCAGCUCUGCAACAAUGAAUAUUAUUCCAGCUUCUGCUGUGCCAGCUGUUCUCGCCGCUAUGGCUGAGCCACAGGCUCCCCACCCCUCUUGCAAUCCUGCUCCGGAAGAAAAGCAGCCAUCUCCAAUUUGUUUAUCAAGCAUAUACACGGGUAGUCAAUAUGGCUAAGGCUAGAACAGUUGGCAGAAAUGGUAUCUCCACCUUCCUAAGCUGUAUGUUGUUUUGCAAAAGCAGCACUAAAUCCUGUAACAGCUGGCUGACCUUUUCAUUUAAGGAAAUAAGGAACUGUUUCACUAGCAAAGCUUAACAAACAAUACAGACAAGAAUCAAAAAUGGGAACGUUGCUUCAAGAUAAAUCAAGGAUAGCAGACACAUUUUAAAUCAAACAUAAAACUAAAUUAAUGCCAGAACCCACUCAGAAGAAAAUCUGCUGACCACAUUUUUUUUGUGGAAAUUUAGCAUACUGACCUAGAAACUUGUUUCCUGUAGUUAUUUCAAAUGUCCCCCUACAGUUUAGCUUUAAACAGUUAUAAACAGACAAUGUCUUUUUCAGCAGAUACAGGAAACGAUUAAUGCUGAGUUACUAGCAGCAGCAAAUAAUAUUGAAUAUCUGUGGAACUAUAUAGAACUCAAAGCAGCUGAAGAGGAAAAUGCAAAGCAACGUGACAAGGUUUUGUACUUUGGAUACUCUUAAAACAGCAAGGCUGUAUUUCUUGGAAUAAGUCCAUUAAACUGUGAUCUUCUCUUCCAAUUAAACAUGUAUACAAUUGUAGUAAGGCCUUUGAAGAAGAAAACAGAGCCUGCUAUACCUCGUCUACAUAAACAUGAAUAACAGAGGACUGUGCAAUGUGGGAGCAGUGGUGUUUUUAGAAUCUCACAACUACUGCAGCCACACAAUCCCCAAAGAGAUGCCACUGCUUGAAGGAGUCGCAGAUGAGUACUGAAUUUGCACUCCUGUAUGUUCCAAAGCACUGUGCAGCCCCACUAGAGUACAAGGUAUCACAACAGAGAACUAAAUGGUUAUUGACGCCUCAGAAUCCUGGAAGGCCAUACCAAGCUUGCCUCUUUGAUCAUCCCAUCCCACGUGCCAGACUGUUUAAUAUAAGGAUGAUUGUUGGCACUAUGGAAGUUCAAGUUGGCAUUCAAUCUACAAUAUCUAUGAAGUCUCAAUGGUUGACUAUAAACACAAACCAAACGCAUAAGGGAAACCUGUAUGUGUUAACUACAAUUUUGCCAGUUAUACUAGCUUAUCCACAACCUUUGACCAGAAGGCUAUUUACUAUGUCUCAAAGGUUGUGGAUAAGCUAGUAUAAUUUCCUUUAAAUGCAAAGGACAGGAAAUGCCAACUUUAUUGGCAAAUCUGCAGUUUUUUCUCACAUAAGUUUCCUGCUAUAACGUUCAGCCCACUAUUAUGGACUCAAUUAACACGAAACCUUCCCAGAUCUUAGGUAGCUCAAAAUCUAAUUUCUUUUAGAAACAAAGUAUAUCUAUAAUACAAUGUUACUUACUGGGUUUGCUUCCAGGAAAAACAAAUAUGAGAAUCUGUCAUAUCUGAGGGGUUUAUACUGAGAUAUGCCAAUCAUACUACAUGAAUUUUCAGGCAUCUGAGGGCAAAUAUGAUUCUGAUAGUUGGGUUCUUCCAUUACAGGUUACAGAUAUAUGAAUAGAUAUAACCAAAUAAUGAAAAAGAAAUUCCCAUGAACAUACCUAUGUCUUUUUUAAUCAUCUGACUGUACAAUGGGACUAUCUUAAUUGAGAAUGAGAAACGUUUAUCAAUUGCUCCUGUAAAAAAUGUACAAACCAGUAUUUACAGCACAUUAUGCAGAAUGUUUAGUAACAGAAACAAUCCAAUCUUCUCCAUAUUUCCUGCUAUCUGAGAACUGCCGGGUGCCAUAUGAACUAGGCAACAAGUUUUUCAGCUUGUUCAAUAAAGGUGCAAAUUAAUUCAGUGUUAGUAUAAUUUAACUGUAGCAAAGACAUAUAGAUAAACUAAGAGAACAAAACAUGUUUGUAUUGUCUUGCAUUCAGAACUGAUUUUCCAUGGAAGGUACAAAGAUUAUCUUAUAAAGGCCAGAGAGAAGGCAAGUGAUGCUCUUUCACAAAUGCAAAUCAUUCCCCCAACUAUCAUUUAUAGCAGUGUUCCUCAAC